AUGGCCACCGUCCCGAAAAUCCUGCUGGCGUGCGCGUUCCUCGCUCUGCCGAUCGCUAUCACCUCGAUCGAACGCCUGGCCAGCGAUCAUCGCGAGACCUCGCUCGCCGGCCACAGACUCAUCUGGCCGGUUUGGUUCCACGAGAAAUUCGCUCACGCCCGUCACGAUCGCGACGGCAGGAGCUUCCAGCAGGCCACACCGAACAAUUGGAGCCGCAACGACGUGUACGCCGAAAGGACCAGCUCCACGGUCGCGCCACCGCAAGCUGGCGGCCCCAGACAUCGCGUGGAGCAACGCGUGCACGAGCAGAGAACCUCGAAACCGGAGAAAUUCAGCGCACUCGCGGUCGCGGAGUACACCGGUACCAGAGCCAUCGCUUACGCCGGUUAUCGCAACAAUCAUCGUCACCAGCCGAGGGAAGCGGUCACACAGGGCUACCAUCACACCACCACUCCGGCUACUUAUGCUAGGCAUCAUCCCGGGAGGCGAGUCUGCACUAGAUCGGUUCCCAGUUCUAUCGGUCAUCAUCAUCGAAAUGGACAAAUUAGGUAUCUUAAUGUAUAUAAUGUUAAGACCGAUUCCCCUUCCGUUUUCUUUUGCUGCCCUGGAUGGACGCAGGCCACUCAUUUGAGUUUUGGAUGUAACAAACCUACCUGCCCUUCCCCAUGCUUAAAUGGAGGAAUAUGCACCUCCGCUGGCAGGUGCACGUGUCCCAAAGGAUUUACAGGCAACCAGUGCCAGACAGACAUCGACGAGUGCGUGACAGAGAAGCCCUGCGAUCAAAUCUGCAGAAACCUACCCGGAACCUACGAGUGUGACUGCAGGCCCGGUUUCCAACUACAGAAAGACGGCCAGUCCUGUCGAAAGAACGACACUGAUGACACCGCGUUCGAGGCUCGAGACUUGGAGAAUGAUUUCCACGACGUACCAACAACGAAACGUCCAUCAAUCUCGCCCCAAGAUACAGAAAACGAGGUGGCUGACGGCGACCUCGAUCAAGACUACGAGAUUAUCCUGAAAAGGCUCACCAAGCUCGAAAAGCAAUUCGCAAAAGGAAGGAAGAGAGAUACAGAAACGACGGAAAUGAAUGUCAAGGUUGCAUCGGUAGUUGAAAGUAUCAACGAAAUGAAGAGAGCCGUUGAAAAUGUGCAACUAAUGCAGCAAGAAAUAUAUGAAAUGAGAAACAAAUUAAGAGAAUACGAAUUGGAGACAAGGAAAAUGCAGCAUUUAACGAAUAGAGUAGUAGAACUGGAGAAUCGUUUAAGACUACGUUGCAGGUCAGCAAUACCAAUGAACACUGGAUCGUUGAAUUUUUAACACCAUUAUAGAGAAAAAGAAUAUCAAAAGCAUUGGGCAUUGCCCAUAGAUGUAAUAUUUAUGUAAGAAAAUUAAUAGAAAAAAUCAUAC